GGGAGCAGAAGCGCAUUAGCAUUCAACUCCAGCAAAAAAAAAAUUCAUAUCCAAAAAGGCGCAGGAUUCGAUCUCUUUGCGUUCUUCACGUCCACUCACAAAGACUCCACCGAUCUCAACAAUGGCUCCCAUCACUAAGAAGUCGGGCAAGGCCCAGAAGCAGACCAAGAAGUUCAUCAUCAACGCUACCCAGCCUGCCAGCGACAAGAUCUUCGACGUCUCCGCCUUCGAGAAGUUCCUCCAGGACCACAUCAAGGUUGACGGCCGCACCAACAACCUGGGUGACAACAUUGUCAUCUCCUCCUCUGCUGACGGCAAGGUCGAGAUUGUUGCCCACAACGAGCUCUCUGGCCGCUACCUCAAGUACCUGACCAAGAAGUUCCUCAAGAAGCAGCAGCUCCGUGACUGGCUCCGUGUCGUCUCCACCUCCCGCGGUGUUUACGAGCUCAAGUUCUUCAACGUCGUCAACGACGAGGCUGAUGAGGAUGACGAGUAAAUGGUUUUCUUCUCUGAUAACUGGGAUAACAAAAGAAAGCCAUUUUGGGAAAAUGAUGGAAUGAGCUAUGGGAAAACUUGGGAUAAUUUGAACGGCAAUCUGGAAAAUGUUCUUUUCUGAUGGGAAAGAUUAUAUAUACUCACGUGCGGGCUUGUGAAAAAAGCCUGUCGCCAGCGUGUGGGUGCUGAUGGAUUUUUCCCAAGUCGUGGAAUAAACUGACCGGCCAUUUCGAGUGGACCUACAUUAAACACUUUUGCUUGCCCCCCUUUUAACAUUGCUAUGUGAUGAUUUCAAUCGUCGUUUCCAAUUGUCAUCAAUCGGGGUGCCGGUGUAAACUAUCAAAUGUGAUGUCUAUGGAUACAUGUAUAUAUGUUCAUAUGCAAUCAUUCAUGAGUUGCAAGACGUUACGUAAACGAGGUAUCAUCAAUGCCAAGUCAAAGGGGCAUCAAGUAGGUAUAUAUAUACAUGUCAAAAGGCAAACAGCCUCUCCCCUCUCACGCUUCACGGCAAAGUCCUCAUGACACCCUCAAAAGCCACCAACGCCAUCGCAUUAGCCGGGAAUGCCCUCAAAAAGCACGGCAAGAAUCCCCUCCAGUACCCCCUCCACCCAGACUCGCGAUACACCGUCACCGCAGCAUCGCGCCACCUGGGGAAGCGCCGCUCGCCAUCGCCCAGCCCGCCGCCAAGGGGAUCCGUCAUGAUGCGCUGCUUGACCAGAUCGCUCGGGUAGCUCGUCAGCCAAAAGACCUGCGCGCUCAGGCCGCCGGCCCAGAAGUUGAUGGCCGGGUUGCU